AUGGCUAUCCAGAAAAAGCAUGGCAAAGGCCGUUUAGAUAAAUGGUAUAAACUCGCCAAAGAAAAAGGAUACCGAGCGCGUGCUGCCUUCAAGUUAAUUCAACUGAAUAAAAAGUACGGCUUUCUUGAGAAGAGCAGAGUUCUUCUUGAUCUGUGUGCAGCUCCGGGAUCAUGGUGUCAAGUUGCCGCUGAAUGUAUGCCAGCUGGCAGUCUCAUCGUUGGUGUCGAUCUCGCCCCAAUCAAGCCUAUUCCUCGCGUCAUCAGUUUCCAGAGCGACAUUACCACGGACAAAUGUCGUGCGACCCUACGUUCCCAUGUCAAGCAUUUGAAAGCAGAUACAGUUCUUCACGAUGGUGCACCAAACGUUGGUACAGCAUGGGUGCAGGAUGCUUUCUCCCAAGCUGAAUUGGUCUUACAAUCAAUGAAAUUGGCCACUGAAUUCCUAAAAGAAGGGGGUACCUUUGUUACCAAAGUCUUCCGUUCCAAGGAUUACAAUCCUUUACUGUGGGUUUUCAAGCAGCUCUUCACCUCUGUUGAAGCCACGAAACCUCCGUCUUCUAGAAAUGUUUCUGCCGAAAUCUUCGUCGUUUGCCGCGGCUUCAAGGCACCUAAACGCCUAGAUCCUAAAUUUUUGGAUCCUCGACAUGUGUUUGCGGAACUGGCUGACCCAACCCCUAAUAAUGAGGCAAAGGUAUUCAAUCCUGAAAAGAAGAAGCGCAAGAGAGAAGGUUAUGAGGAAGGCGAUUACACCCAGCACAAAGAGAUAUCCGUCACAGAAUUCAUCAAUACCACCGAUCCGAUUGCGAUUUUGGGCACCUAUCAUACCUUGAGUUUUCAGCAGUCUCCCAGUGGAGACUUGGCCUUGGCCACUCUAGAGAGACUGGAUGAGACUACUGAUGAAAUUCGCAAAUGCUGUGAGGAUUUGCGAGUUCUUGGUAAAAAGGAAUUUCGAAACUUGUUGAAGUGGCGAUUGAAGGUUCGGGAGAAGUUUGGUCUUCUCGUCAAGAAAAGAAAGCCCCAGGAAGAGAGCGAAGAAGUCGCAGAAGUUGCACCCAUGGAUGAUGAAUUGGCUAUUCAGGAGGAGCUGCAACGUCUUCGCGACAAUGAAAGUGCGCAAAGGAAGAAAGAGAGGCGUAAAGAGAAUGAGAGGAAACGCAAAGAGAUAGUACGAAUGCAGAUGCAUAUGAUCACACCUACAGAUAUCGGAAUGGAACAGGUAGGCAUCGGCGGGACAGAUGCCAUGUUUGGAAUAAAAGCCGUGAAUCGUGAAAAUGCUGCGGAUCGAAUUGCCUCGGGCAAAAUGGUUGAUGUACAAAGUGAAGAAGAGUCCGAAAGUUCCUCGGACGAGGAGGAGUCUGACGAAGAAGAAGACCGGCUAGAACGCGAGCUUGACUCAUGGUACGAGACAUAUCAGGACCAAAAGCAAGCUCGAGAUUCAAAAUUGCGUGCAAAGAAAGCACGUAAAGACUACGAAGCUGAGGAGUGGGAAGGCUUUUCAGAUAAAAGCGAUAAGGACGACUCCGAUGAUGAGGAUACGAAUCUCGAUGUCCCGUCUACAAAUCUACCGCAGGCAAGUAAUUUGUCCAACAAGGCGGCUUUGUUCUUUGAUCAGGACGUGUUUGAAGGACUGGAAGAUCUCGAUGAUAUUGAAGAUGAAGAUAGUGCUAUUGAUCUAGAAGAGAAAACGGCGCAUUCUUCGAAUGAGGUCUCUGCCAAGAAGUCUGUUGCGGAUUCGAGGUCUAUUGAAGUAUCGGCAACUGAAGACCAGCAGGCCGACGGUUGGGAAUCUUCAGAUGAAGAAACAGCCAAGCCAGACGAUCCCCGGACAAAGGAUGGCCAUCUAGACAUUGAUAUCAUUACUGCGGAGGCGAUGGCUCUUGCGCAACAGUUGGCUACGGGAGAGAAGACAACGCAAGAUGUAGCUGACGAUGGAUUCAACAAAUUUGCUUUCCGAGAUACCGACGGCCUCCCGGAUUGGUUUUUGGAUGACGAAUCCAAACAUAGCCGCCCACAUCGCCCUAUUACGAAAGCCGCAGCUGCAGCUAUCCAAGAGAAGCUGCGAGCGAUCAAUGCUCGCCCUAUCAAGAAAGUUCGCGAGGCCAAGGCACGAAAGAAGUUCAAGGCUGCCCAGAAACUCGAGAAGCUGCGCAAGAAAUCUGCUCUACUUGCCGAGGAUGAAAGCGUGAGUGAGAAGGACAAGGCAGAAGCUAUCUCGAAACUCAUGAGCAAGGCAGCGAAGAAGAAGCCCAAGCAGAAAGUCAAGCUUGUCGUCGCUAAAGGUGCCAAUAGAGGUAUCUCUGGCCGUCCUCGCGGGGUCAAGGGCAAGUACAAGAUUGUGGACUCGCGAAUGAAGAAGGAUAUUCGGGCUCAAAAGAGAGUGGCCAAACAGCAGAAGGGACGCUGA